UCACAAUUGAGGCGGUCAAAUAAGUUUAACAUUCGAAAUUCAAUCAGUAUUACUGUGGUUUUGGUCUAAAAGUGUAUUGUGUUCAGUAUUAUAAUUUAACAUGGAUGAUACCCAAGUCGACGCAAGCGCCAGUGAAAGUCAGGAGACAAAUUCAAGCGUUCCAGUUGAAAUACGAACGAAACCGUCGUUUAAUCCCAACGAUCUCUACUAUGAUAUGAGCGGAAUCAAAUACUUGUACAUUUUUAAUCAUUAUACGUUUAAAAAAACUAAAUAUUUCAAUAACACACAGCCAACCACAAGAUUUGGAACACAUAAAGACGUUAGUAGACUAACAGAGGUAUUUGAUAACCUCGGAUUCAAAGUUAAAGUAUUCAACGACAAAGAGCACCGGCAAAUCUUGGAUGAAAUCACAGAAAUAACGUCUAAAGAUCACAAAGAGGCGUCGUGCAUAUUCUUCGCAUUUCUAUCACACGGUGACAAGGGUGGUAUAAUCUACGCCGCAGAUCGUCCCUAUCAAUUCAAGGACGUUUUAGCUUUACUUGAAAAUUGUCAUUCUAGUUUGCUGGGAAAACCUAAAGUACUGUUCGUUCAGGCCUGCAGAGGAAAUCGAAUAGACAGCGGGAGGAGAAUAGAGUUAGAUAGUUCUGGGCGGGCUUCUUAUAUUAUCCCUACACACGCAGACUUUCUCGUACUGUACUCAACUGUUGAAGAUCACAUCUCAUACCGAAAUGUAUACGGCUCAUUCCUGAUCCAAGACCUAUGUGACAUUAUCGAGUCUUACCGCGAGUUCUAUGACCUGCUGCACAUGCUGACGUUGGUGCACAAUAGGGUUGCUUAACCGUUCUACCUAUGUGCCAUCGAAGUUGGCACAUCACAACAAAAAGCAGAUGCCGGAGACCAAAUAUUCCCUUACUAAGCUUUUAAGACUUUAAGUCGCUCAAAGGUUGAAAAAAAACCUGAUUGUAAUAGUACAUUUCAGUUAUUUCAUAUUAUUAUAUUAUAUGCUAUAACCAA